GACUCCAACACUUCGUGAUUUUGAAGGACUCGUCGUCAGUGCUACCUGUCAAACGAGAAGCGUUGAGAAACCAGCGCUGCUCGUGAUGUCAUUGUCGAUGUUAUCCCGACGAGAUCUGUGACGAUAGCUCGAAAUUGGUUGCGAGACGCGACAGAGUGUCUGAUAAGAUCGCAGGUUUCGUGACGUUUAUGCACUCCCGUUCCUGUAAAUAAUAGAAUCAUGGAGUGGCUGUUCGGCAAGCGUAUCACCCCUGAGGAAAUGCUCAGGAAAAAUCAGAGAGCGUUGAAUAAGGCGAUGCGAGAUUUGGACAGGGAGAGAGUGCGAAUGGAGCAACAGGAGAAGAAAAUCAUAGCGGAUAUUAAGAAGCUUGCUAAAGAUGGACAAAUGGAUGCUGUGAAAAUUAUGGCCAAAGAUCUCGUUAGGACUAGGCGUUACGUGAAGAAGUUCAUGCUUAUGAAAGCGAAUAUUCAAGCGGUAUCCUUAAAAAUACAAACACUACGUUCCCAGAACACAAUGGCGCAAGCAAUGAAGGGAGUGACGAAAGCGAUGCAGAAUAUGAACAAACAAUUGAAUUUGCCACAAAUACAGAAGAUAUUGCAAGAAUUUGAGAAACAGUCAGAGAUCAUGGACAUGAAAGAAGAAAUUAUGAACGAUGCGAUAGAUGACGCAAUGGAGGAUGAAGGGGAUGAAGAAGAGAGUGACGCUGUGGUCGCACAAGUAUUGGAUGAGUUGGGUCUGCAGUUGACGGACCAGCUAUCUGGCCUACCGCAAGCAUCUGGAUCACUGAGUGUAGCUGGUUCUAAACAGCCAGCCGCAGUGGCAACUGGCAACGAGGAAGGUGGCGGCAAUAUCGCAGACGCCGAUGCGGAUCUACAGGCCAGACUCGAAAAUUUGCGACGCGAAUAAGUUGAGAUUUUAAGUUCUAUAUAUAGUUAAAAUAUAAGUGUAUAAAAAUUGUAAAAAAAAAGGUUUGCUUUAUACUGAAGCUUUGAACUGCUCCUGUUGACUCACAAAUGCUUCUAUACUUGAUAUAUACAAACUUAAAUAUAUUAUUACAUUUGAAGUUUCUCCGGAA